AGCUACAUUUGCAUAUAACGGGAGCUUAAUUUGCUACUAGACAAGAAAUAAAUAAUAAUCAAAUAAAAAAACUGUAAAAUUAUUAAAAUCGGUGGUAGAGGUGUGGUUUGGAAGAGGCUUGGCCUCCCACUUUUUUGACAAUCGAACCAUUUCUACCAACUCUCGAUUCACUCAGUGUCUACUUCGGUUGUAGAGAGGUUAAUAACACCAAUAAAUUAUUUUAUUGAUUUCUAGUUAGAAAAAGUAGUGGAUAUUGCUACAACUGCAUGGGAGGUAUUAGGGCUAAGCGCUGCUCUCCAUUCUGCAGGGGGAGGUAGAAAGGAAUGGUAGUUCUGCUCGGGGAUGUUGUGUGGCGAGUUCCACAAAGCGCCUCUCGGUUUCUACGUAAAUUUUGCGAGCCUUUCGGAUUCCCGUAGUCCGUAUUCGUCUUUGCUUACUCUAGUCCAGAGCAUGGCAGCUUUAACGGCUCAUGCAGCGCACGAAGAAGAGGAUAUAUUUCUCGAAAACGGUCUUUUAAGCUACGAAAAUCCAAACUAUCAUUUGGACCCGACGCGUAUCGACGAUGCUCUAAAUUCAAACACGAAUCUCUACGAGGAUAUUUAUCAGGAGUUGGAUGAUAUUUGCAAUAUCGGGCACAGUAUCAAGGAGCCUGGGCGGAAGGCGUACGCUGCCUUGGAUAUCGGCACCAUGGGGGUGGACAUCACGAGCGGGCCCUUGACGAACAUCAAUGACAAUAAAAGGAGUAAUGAACGCAAUGGAAAUGCAUACGUCAUGGAUAACAGCGAAAAAAGAGCAACGCGAGAAAACAUUAGCGAGAAGACGGCGAAGAACAACAAGGACAAUCAGGAGAAGGGCGUGCCACACAUACCCGGCCAGCUUAAUAAUGAUUUAUAUGCCGUUCCGGUGAAGAAAAAGAAUCAAAAAUGUGCGGAAGAAAUUGAGAUAUACUCGCCCGAUAAAGAGAGCGCCGACGAUACUGAUUUACCUCCCGGCUGGGAGAAGCACGAAGACAAUGAUGGCCCCUACUAUUGGCACAUAAAGAGCGGAACGAUCCAGCGCGAGGUCCCAGUGCUACCCGAGAGCGAAAAACCGAAAAAACUCGACUCGAAACACAACAUUAAUAAAGAAAACGAUGUUUUAAUGAUGACUUUUGAGAACAGCAUCGGCUCCGUCACCAGAAGUAGCACCAGCUCGGCCCUGGACCUCGAGUCGGAGGACCGCAAGCGGAAAAAUGAUCUGACUUUUAAACGGCGAAGUUACCCUUCGAAGCCUGAGCAAGAGUCACGCGAGCGACCAAUCCGAUUCGCGGUUCGGUCUUUGGGCUGGGUUGAAAUCGCCGAAGAGGAUUUGACUCCGGAGAGGAGUAGUAAAGCUGUAAAUAAAUGUAUUGUUGAUUUAUCGGUUGGAAAGAAUGACCUUUUGGAUGUUGUGGGCCGAUGGGGAGAUGGUAAGGAUUUGUUCAUGGAUUUGGACGAGGGUGCGUUAAAAUUAAUCGAUCCGGAGAAUCUGACCGUUUUAAAUACUCAACCUAUUCACACUAUAAGGGUUUGGGGAGUGGGACGCGAUAAUGGAAGAGAUUUUGCUUACGUAGCUAGGGACCGAAGUACCCGGAAACACAUGUGUCACGUGUUUCGUUGCGACAUGCCUGCCCGCACUAUUGCCAAUACUUUAAGAGACAUUUGUAAAAAAAUAAUGAUAGAACGAAGUUUGCAACAGAAUUUAGCUAAACCAAUCGAUAUCAACGGUCGGACGUUAGCUACGCGACCUACAAACCUACCAACUGAACAUCGACGAUUAACUCGUAACGGCCAGUCUUUAGUUACCCAGUCGUUUCCCACUCCUAUGGAAGAACCAAAGAAAGUACUUAGGGCUCAAUAUUUGGGCACCACUCAAGUCUCACAAGCCACUGGAAUGGAAGUUUUGAACGAGGCUAUUGACAGACUUGUGGCGACUGUCCCUCCAGAGCAGUGGCAGUGUGUUAACGUAGCUGUGGCUCCGUCUAUGAUAUCAAUCCAAUGUCCAAGUGACGAUAGGCUGAUAGCGGAAUGCCGCGUCCGCUACUUGUCCUUCUUAGGCAUAGGAAAAAUUAUCAAACACUGUGCUUUCGUAAUGCAUACGGCACAGGACACUUUUGUUGCACAUGUGUUUUACUGCGAACCGUCUUCUGGUGCCCUUUGUAAGACAAUUGAGGCGGCUUGCAAGUUGAGAUACCAGAAGUGUCUCGACGCGCACCCUCAAGGUCUCGAACGAAACAAUUCAAACCUCCACACUCCUGGAAAAAGUAUUGGAGCGGCGUUGAAAUCAAUCGUUGGGUCUUUAACCGGACGGAAAAGUAGGAGUAGUGAUUCUUGAGAUACGGUAAAAUCUCUGCAGGAAUUGUGUCUCUUGCCUGUGGAGCGCGAGGUAAUCAAACACAGACAUCUGCAAUCUCCUCUAACCCAGAAAUACAUUACUUCAACUUCUUCGGCGGAUCUUCGUUCUCUGUUGUCUCCUGUGUUGGAUGAUUUGAAGCACAUUAGCUGGGAUUCGGCUCGUUAAGCUGGUUAACAAUAAAACUGUACAAAAUUUGUGUUAAGACUCGAUAGUAUCACGUGGUGUUUGUCACAAUGCACUAACUAACAAGACGCUUCUAAAUAUGAUAGAUUAGGACACAAGCACUUCUUGUGAGCCUCAGUUAGGUAGUCUGCAACGAGAUGGUCUCUCAUAUUUAGAGUUAGUUACUCUGCCUCUAUAUGUUUUAGCUGUCGUAAGGUGAUCAACGGUGUUACUUUAACGCUUCAUCAAGGUGUAAAUAUGUAGUCAAAAGUGUCUUGGUGUUUUGGGGGUUGGUCACUUUAUACUGGUACUUGUAGCUUGCUUCAAGCCUCGGCAACAAAUCACAACAACACCCAGCUAAAGACAAUAUUACAUUAAGGUUUUACAAAAUUGUAAAAAAUCAAAAGGGCGGGAGGAUUGUCUUUACACGUGCGAUCUUAGUUAAGAAAUGCAAUGUUUAUGUAAAUACUAAUAAGCCUUUCAUGUUCUUAGGUCAGUACGUUUUAUAUUUUUUCCGGCUUUGGUGUACGAAUUGAGAGACGUGCAAUCUUGCCAUUGCUAUUCUUUCCUCAGUUGUCGUUUAUCUAUUGUAUGCCUUUACGCAAAGAUAUUUGUUUACUACAAUAUUUUUAUAAAAAAUGAAUGUAUGCAAUGAUCGUAGUCUGCAACCGAUUGUUUCACUCACCGUUUCGUUGGUCGCUUGUAAUGUAAAUAUGCCAGACUUGUAGUUUCAAGAACAGUUAAUGUAAAAUUUCCUUAUUAACAACAAUUGUCCAAUAAAUUGCAUACUCUUAUUUAA